AUGGCCAAACCAUCGGAGCGGCAACCGUAUCUUGGUCUGACUGGGAAACGGUUGCUUUUCUGGAUCACUUUUGCCUGCAGUGUUGAUAUGCUCAUGUUCGGCUACGAUCAGGCCGUCUUCAGCGGAGUCAUCGUGACUGAUAACUUCCUCGAGCUUCAUGAUCUGGUAGGACCUGAAAAGACAACGGUUCUCUCCACCCUCACUGCUAUCUAUGAUAUCGGUUGCUUCCUCGGUGCCAUCAUUGCAUUUACCGUAGGAGAGCGUCUGGGACGGAAGAGAUCUAUCAUUUCAGGCACAGCCAUCAUGGCCAUUGGCGCCGUUAUCAAAACUUCCUCCUUCUCCCUUGAGCAAAUGUUUGUCGGUCGCAUCAUCCUUGGCAUCGGAAACGGUAUCAAUACCGCCACUGCCCCGAUAUGGCAAACGGAAACCUCUCCACCUCACUUGCGAGGGAAACUUGUCAUGUUCGAAAUGAUGAUGAAUAUAGCCGGUUUUUCUCUUUGCAACUGGAUCAAUUAUGGGCUAUCAUACGCCGGUGGUGCAGUUGCCUGGAGAUUCCCUCUCGCAUUCCAGUUUGUGUUCAUAAUCGCUCUCUUCACUACUGUUCCGUGGCUUCCAGAGUCCCCCAGAUGGCUGUACCAUCAUGGUAAAGACAGUGAAGCCAUAGACGUUUUAGCUCGCCUCCAGGAUAAGGGCAUCAGCGACCCCUUUGUCGUUGCUCAGCAAGAGGAAAUCAAGUAUGGCAUUAAAUACGAGAAAGAGCACCAAAUUCGGUGGAGAGAUCUCUUCAAAAACAAGACAACCGAGGACACAAAGCCACUCCGCCGCCUUCUUCUGGGUGCCGGCACACAGUUCAUUCAGCAAUUUGAAGGUAUCAAUAUCAUGUCUUACUAUCUUCCAACUGUACUCAUCACGGCCGUUGGUUUGUCCAAUGAGCUAGCUCGAUUAUUGACGGCCGUCAACUCUGUGACCUAUCUAAUCUUUUCGUGUGUAUCCAUUCCUCUCGUGGAGAAAUGGGGCCGCCGUGGGCUGAUGCUCGUCUCAACUGCCGGACAAGGUUUUGCCUUUCUUGUUAUCACUGUGCUCCUCCGCUACGGAAGUCCACCCUCUGGCAAUACUAAGGCAGCCGAGGCAUCUAUCUUCUUCUUCUUUUUCUACUACAUUGCCUUUGGUGUUGGUAUGCUUGGAAUUCCCUGGCUGUAUCCUACCGAGAUCAACUCCAUCUCUAUGCGAACCAAGGGCGCUGCUGUGGCGACGGCGACCAACUGGCUUACCAAUUUCGUCAUCGUUGAAAUCACUCCCAUAGGCAUCCAAAAUCUUGGAUGGAAAUUCUGGAUUGUUUUCACCGUCUUCAACACCGCUUUCAUGCCCGUCAUAUACUUCUUCUAUCCGGAGACUGCAAACCGUACCCUCGAGGAUCUGGACGAAUACUACCGAAGUAACCCUCCUCUCAUUAUUGUGGGCGACAAGGAUGCCACGUCCAGCAAGCGCCCCCUCAAGUAUAUAGAGAGAGAAGAGUCUCAUGUUCGUGAUGCCGCAUCGACUGCUGUUGAUGCAACCGCCGGGCCAAAGGACAUUAUUCUUGGGAGCGAGCACCAUGAGUGA